AUGCCGGAACCCGGAGUCGAGGGCGACUGGUCGACCAAAGACGUUCUCGCCCACGUGACGUGGUACGAGCGUGAGAUGGUGGGGAUGCUCAAGUCGCGCGCCCUGGUUGGCUCCGACUGGUGGGCGCUACCCCUGGAGGACCGAAACGCCGCCGUCCACGAUGAGAUCAUGGGUAUGUCGCUCGAAGAAGUGCGCGCGGAGGUUGCCUGGGUGUUCCCGGCGCUUGUCGAGCAGUUGGAGCUGCUGCCGGAAGAGGCACUCGGAGACCCCUCUCACUUCGAGCACAUGCCAGCGGAAUGGGCACCCUCUGACGUGAUCUCAAGCAACACGUACAGGCACUACCCUGAACAUACCGAGUCGAUUCGGCGUCUGCUUGAACAGGAUUCCAGUCCCUGA